CGACACUGAAGACAGAACAGCAGCAAAAAACUCCAGGAAACAUGAAGUCGAUGGACAUUCCUUUAGUCGGCCUUCUCUUGCUCUUCAGCGUUCAGCUCAUCGGCGCGUUCCCGCUGCAAAACACAGCCUUAACCAACGAGGACAUGGAUGUCUUAAAGCUUCUUCUACAGCGACUGGAAGAGUCCAUUCCUGCUGCUUCUCUAGAGCAAACACUGGAGAAACUGGAGGCUAAACCUGAGGAAACCCGCACUCAAUCUCAACCCCAGACUGACACGAGGGACUCUCUGUCUGCUCGGGACCUGAGGACGGUCCGGCAGGACUCCAAGAGACACUCCGGGUGUUUCGGGCGCAAACUGGACCGAAUCGGGUCCAUGUCAUCUCUGGGGUGUAACAUCGCCGGGCGUUCAGGUUCUAAGAAGUGGUGAAGUCUUAAUGAUUAGGAACUUCUACACUGUAAAAACUUUUUAUUAUUAUUAUUGUUUUUUUUAUCGCUGGCAUUACUUUAAGUUAUUUCUACUUGAUCUGACUUUACAAUGACUUUUGUUGGCGUAACCUAAUGUAGUCAGGUUGAUUUAGUCAUAUUAAGUUAUAUUUUUGACAUCAACAGAAAACAAGAUGUUACUAUCAAAGCACAUUUUUAGGUUACCUGACAAAAUAUUUUUUUACAGUGUUUUCCAAAAAUUGUUCUUAACCAUGCAUAUUUAUUUAGAUAUUUAUUCAAUUGUUUAAAUAGUCAAGUUAUGUAUCUAUAUGCAUAUUUAAUGUAAAUGUCUUUCAGAUCAGUUGUAAUAAAUGUUUACACAUGC